AUGCUCGAAGCUGGUGCUGACUGGGCUAAUCUGAUGGCUUACGACCUGUACGGUGUUUGGGAUGGAAAUGACCCAUAUAUUAGAAGUGUGGUCGGCUCGCACACUAACUUGACGGAAAUUAAAACCUCACUCGACCUUCUCUGGCGGGCUGAAGUCGAUCCCUUGUAG